CCCCUCUUUACCACCGAGCAACCAAAACAUAACAAGAGACGGAGAUAAAUAUAAGCUACACACACCCAGACAAACACCAAAGCCCUAGGUCGUCUAAUUAGGGCUCAAUUACUCGUAACAUCUAAUGGUUUAUUUGUGCUUUCAGGCCCCCGAAUUUAUGGCGUAGACUCAGAUUUGUGCCCUAGUUUCUUCGUUUUUAUAGCCUUUGUGUUGAUUUCUUUGCUUAAUUUGUUUUCUGUUAUAUCUAAUUCUUGUUUGAUUCUCGUAGUCCUAGGCCUUCGUGUUUCGGAGACUCGCAUUUCAAAGCUUUUCGACAUCUCGGCCUGCUGAGUUUUGUGGAAAGUGAAAGUUGGAACUUAAGAUGUCGUCGUAUCCUGUUCUGUAUGAUAAGCCAAUUGAUCAAUGGAAAGUCACUGAGCUAAAAGAAGAACUCAAGAGGCGGAGAUUGACAACGAAGGGGUUAAAAGAUGAUUUGAUUAGGCGCCUGGAUGAAUCUCUUCAGAUGGAAAUUGAAAUUGCUAACAAAAGUGCUGGUAAAGGUUUGGCUUUUCAUCCUGAACCUGUUCAGUAUCAAGACGCUUCAGUAGUGGCUGGAGCUGAUGAGAAAUCUAGUGCUAUUUUUAAUAAGAGUGGUAAGGACACAGAGCUGAAUAGUAAUGUAACUGAGCCGAAUGUUGAUGUCAAUAUGGGGUUGAUGGCUCAAGAACCAGUUGUAGAAGUGGAUACCUUGGAACCCGUCACUAUUGCUGAAACUGCUAUGGAGUCUAUUGUUCAGGAAACAACUUUGGACAUGACUGUUCAGGUGACUACUGUGGAAACCAAACUUAAAUCUGGGGGCCAUGAGUUACAGAACAACGGAGCUCAGAGCCAGAGUGAGGCUUUAGAUAUCCAAAUGCAGGACGAGAAGUUAGAUCCUUCACAUGAGCUCGCCAAACUCAGUUCAUCUGAUCUUGAAACCCAGGUAUUUGAGGUCAACAAAGUAAAAUCUGAUUCUAUUUCUACUGAUAAUGUCCCGGUUAAUGAAAAAAUUGAGGAUCUGAACAUCCAACCGCAGAACGAGGAGUCAAAUCCUCAUCAAGAGGAGGCCAAUCCCAACUCCUUUGCUCUUGAAACCCAGGUAUAUGAGGUCAGCAAAGUAACAUCUGAUUCUAUUUCUACUGAUAACAUUUCAAUUAAUGAAAAAUUAGAACUAAAGGAUAAUAUAAUUGCUGCUGAUGUCAAAUUAGAGUUUGAUGUUAAGCAUAUUAGGCAAGAGCCAUCAUCCGGCCAUGUUGGCCUGGAUGAUGGCGGUUUACAGCCAAUGGAUGUCAAAGGGCCACAAGAAAAUGAAGUUAAAUUUGAAGUUACUGGAACUAAUGCUGAUGAUUCAAAUCUAGAGAAGAAAAAUCAUAGUGGUGAUGUGGAGUUCUCAAAAACGUCACACUUAGAUCGAAGUUCUGGGGACAAUUCAAUUGAGGAUGGUAUAUUAGAGAGUAAGCAGACAGAGUCAAUAUCGUUAUUUGUUGAAUCAAGUGAUAAGAUAGAGAGGAGGGAGGUGACUGUAGCGAGAGAACAAGUUCCUGUUGUAACUAUGGUUGAUGAUACUAGGACUGAUGGAAAAACUGAGCAGAAAAAUGUUCCUGACGUUGCAUCCACAAAACGAAAACCUCAUGCAGACCAAGGAACAGUAGGGAAUUUUGAUACUGCAAAAAAGCAGCGCAGGUGGAACAAUGAAGGACUUAAAGUUCUUGAACCAAAUAAUGACAAUGCGUCACCAUCUAUAACACCAAGGGGUACAUUUCAGUCAAAUGCCAAACAUACUAUUUUGAGACCUGACCCUAUGGCCAGUGUUGAGACACCUAAAGAGCGUGUCGUUCCACCAUCGUCAAGGUCACCGACAUCUGCUCUUAGGAUUGAUCGUUUUUUGCGUCCUUUUACUUUGAAAGCUGUGCAAGAACUUCUUGGAAAAACAGGCACUGUCACGAAAUUCUGGAUGGAUCAUAUCAAAACUCACUGCUACGUCAAUUUUUCAUCCAUUGAGGAAGCAAUAGAGACCCGAAAUGCUGUAUACAACCUUCAAUGGCCAGCAAAUGGAGGUCGCCUUUUAGUUGCCGAGUUUGUUGAACCUCAGGAAGUGCAAAUGAGAAUUGAGGCUCCUCACUCUCCAGCUGCUUCUGUUAAUACAGUUCCUAUCCUGCCUGCUGUUCCUACCCCUAUGCAGUCACAGCCAUAUCCCCGUGUGCAGGUGCUGAGGAAGGCACCUCCACCUCUGCCUGUUCUCCCCCGGCCACCACCGACAGUGUCCAAUCCACUAGCAGGAAGGGAGCGGGGUCUCCAUCCGCCACCACCAACAGUGUCCAAUUCACCAGCAGCAAGGGAGCGGGCUCUUCCUCCACCACCACCUCCACCAGUGUCCAAUCCAUCAGCAGCAAGAGAACAGGAUCUCUCUCCACCCCCACUCCCCGAAAGAGUCAUGGUCCCUGAAAAAGUUGACCCGCCCGUUGUCACUCUUGAUGAUCUCUUUAGGAAGACCAGGGCAACUCCUCGUAUCUAUUACUUACCGUUGUCUGACGAACAAGUAAAAGCCAAGGAAAAUGCCCAUGGAAAGCCAUCUAGCAGCAGGGACUAGGCUAUAACUUAAGCAAGCUGCUCUCAUAUUUUCUAAUGGAUUUCUCACUUUUUAAUGUAGUAAUAAGCUAGUGUCAUGUAAUUACCUAUUUGCAGGUCUGCAGGUAAUGCUUGUAGGAAGGAACUUUGUAGGAGCUGGCUCUUUGACGGAUUUUACUUUUCCUGAAAAAGAUUGCCCUUUUGUUGAGGCUAAACCCUAAAUUUGGAUUUGAACUUGCUAAAUCUACAUUCCUGUUUCUUAAUAGGAUUAAGGCUGAACUCAGAUAUGGAUUUGAACUUUGCUACCUAUUUCUUAAUAGAUUGAUGCUUGUUAAAUA